GAGUUGGUAACCGGAACCAGGAGCGUGGAAGACCAAUGCCAUGCAUCAUCAGUGGCCAGCUCAUGCAUACGCUUAUCCUCCAUGGAUAAUGCUGAACCAUGUCCUCUGCAAAUGCCGAACAGAACAACCACAAGAUCUCGUUCUAGUGACACCGCAUUGGAGCACCCAGUCGUGGUGGCCUCUGCUACAAGAACUGAAGACGAGCUCUCCGCUCUACCUGCUGGAAGGGACAGUAGCUUGGCGCUUAAACGGCGCCGCGAACAAAAUAAAGGACUCGAAGACGCAGUAAUCAAUAUUAUGGGUCAAGUGAAAAAAACCUCACACGAUCAGAC